AUGUGUUACAGAGAUGAGAAGAAAAAAGCAAAUACGCUAAGUGUUGGAUACUUCCAGCUGUUUCGAUUUGCCACUCGCAAAGACACCGUGAUGAUGGUGGUGGGAGCUUUGUGUGCCCUCGUACACGGUGCAGCUGCACCUCUCAUGCUUCUGGUGUACAGCAAGAUGACAAACACGUUUGUAGCGUAUGAGCUCGAGGUCCAAGAACUGAAAGACUCAAACAAGGAAUGCAACAAUAACACCAUUUAUUGGAGAAAUGGCUCCAUAUAUGAAACAGCUGAAAACACCACUGUGUACUGUGGGGUGGAUAUUGAAGCAGAGAUGAUCGUGUUUGCAUAUUACUACAUUGCUAUCGGAGUAGGAGUCCUGUGUGUUAGUUAUUUCCAGAUUGUCUUCUGGGUGACGGCAGCUGCAAGACAAAUUGAUAGAAUGAGAAAGGCUUAUUUUACAAAAGUAAUGCAGAUGGAGAUCGGAUGGUUUGACUGCAACUCUGUUGGUGAACUGAACACAAGGCUGUCAGAUGAUAUCAACAAGAUCAACAAUGCCAUCGCUGACCAGGUGUCUAUCUUCAUCGAGAGGAUCUCUACGUUUGUGUUUGGCUUCAUGGUUGGAUUCGUUGGCGGGUGGAAGCUGACUUUGGUUGUCAUAGCAGUGAGCCCGCUGAUUGGCGUAGCUGCUGGAUUUAUGGCCAUGUCUGUGGCCAGGCUGACAGGACGAGAGCUAGCUUCUUACGCAAAGGCAGGGGCAGUGGCUGACGAGGUCCUGUCAUCCAUCAGGACAGUAGCAGCGUUCGGUGGGGAGGAAAAAGAAACCGAAAGAUACGACAGAAACCUUGUGGAGGCUCAGAACUGGGGUGUGAAAAAGGGCGCAGUCGUAGGCCUGUUUCAAGGAUUCUUGUGGUGCAUCAUUUUCUUUUGUUUCGCUUUGGCUUUUUGGUAUGGAUCUCAAUUGGUCAUCGACACCAAAGAGCUGAGUCCCGGUACUCUUAUUCAGGUCUUUUUUGGAGUACUCACAGCUGCUAUUAGCCUGGGCCAGGCCUCACCGUGCCUGGAGGCCUUCGCUGGUGGUCGUGCCGCAGCAAAAACUGUCUUUGAAACAAUUGACCGGCAACCAGAAAUUGAUUGUUUCUCAGAAGAAGGUCACAAACUGGACAGAGUGAAAGGUGACAUUGAGUUCCAUAAUGUCACUUUCUCCUACCCGUCCCGGCCUGAUGUGGAGAUUUUAAAUGACCUGAGCGUGCAGAUCAAAGCAGGAGAAACUACGGCUUUUGUGGGACCAAGCGGAUCUGGAAAGAGCACCACACUCCAGCUUUUCCAAAGGUUUUAUGACCCAAAGGAAGGAAUGGUGACUUUGGACGGCCAUGAUAUUCGUACUUUAAACAUCCAAUGGCUCAGAUCUCUCAUUGGUAUUGUAGAGCAGGAGCCAGUGCUGUUUGGUACAACCAUUGCCGAAAACAUCCAAUAUGGUCGACCUGGAGUAACCAUGGAAGACAUCAUCAAGGCGACAAAAGAGGCUAAUGCCUAUAAUUUUAUCAUGAAUCUGCCACAGAAAUUUGACACUAUGGUGGGAGAAGGUGGAGGACAGAUGAGUGGAGGACAGAAGCAGAGGAUUGCUAUUGCUCGUGCUCUGAUCCGAAACCCCAGGAUCCUGCUGCUAGAUAUGGCCACAUCUGCCUUAGACAAUGAGAGUGAGGCUGUUGUCCAGAAGGCACUGGAUAAGGCGCGAAUGGGCAGGACAACAAUUUCCAUAGCUCACCGUCUUUCCACAAUUAGAAAUGCAGAUAUCAUUAUUGGUUUUGAGCGUGGACGCGCUGUGGAGAGGGGAACACACAGUGAGCUAAUAGAAAAGCAAGGUGUCUUCUUCACCCUGGUCACCCUGCAGGACCAAGGCACAUCAGACACAACUAAAGAUGCGAUCAGUGAAAUUCUUGAAGAAGACUUUGAUAAAAGAAAAAUGAGCCGCACAUCCAGUGAAAGGGGCUCUGUUCGUCUACGAUCUCAGAGCAAACUGUCGAUUACAGACAGCCUCAAGAUCCUUACGAACCAGGACUUCAGUAACUCAGUAACUCAGAAAUAUGAGGAUGAUGCAGAUGAACAUGUAGAGCCUGCCCCUGUAGCACGUAUCCUCAAAUACAACCAAUCAGAAUGGCCCUACAUGCUGCUGGGCACGCUGGGAGCUGCUGCCAAUGGCUUUGUCAACCCCGUUUAUGCUAUCCUGUUUAGCCAAAUUCUUGGGACGUUUGCCAUUAAUGACUUGGAAGAACAGAGGAACCAAAUCAACGGGAUAUGUGUUCUGUUUUGUAUUGUGGCUGUGUCUAGUUUCUUCUCCCAGUUUUUACAGGGAUUUGCUUUUGCUAAGUCUGGAGAGCUGCUGACCCGCCGCCUGAGGAAAGUGGGCUUCCACACCAUGUUGCAACAGGAGAUUGGCUGGUUUGAUGACCCCAACAACAGCCCUGGAGCUCUGACCAACAGACUGGCCACUGAAGCAUCCAUGGUGCAAGGGGCAACAGGAUCUCAGAUCGGCAUGAUUGUGAACUCGUUGACCAGCAUUGGAGUGUCUUUCAUCAUUGCUUUCUACUAUAGUUGGAAGUUAACUUUGGUAAUUAUGUGCUUCCUGCCACUCCUCGGGCUUUCCGGGGUGUUCCAAUCUAAAAUGCUGACAGGUUUUGCAAAUGAAGAUAAAGAAUCCAUGGAAGCAGCGGGUCAGGUAUCCAGUGAGGCUCUUGCAAACAUCAGGACGAUCGCAGGCUUGGCCAAAGAGAGCACAUUUGUGGAAUCAUAUGAGCAGAAACUCGAGCUUCCAUUUAAAUCUGCCAAGAAGAAAGCCAUUGUCUAUGGGUUUUGUUUCGGUUUUUCCCAGUGUGUCAUCUUCAUGGCGUAUGCUGCUUCGUUUAGAUAUGGAGGCUAUCUGGUUCAAUCUGAAGGAUUACAAUACAUGUUUGUUUUCAGAGUGAUCACAGCUGUAGUAAUCAGUGGGACAGCACUGGGCAGAGUUUCCACCUUCACUCCAGAUUACGCCAAAGCCAAAAUUGCGGCUUCUCAUUUUUUUAAACUUCUGGACCGAGUUCCCAAAAUCAGCAUGAGCCAUUCAGAUGGAGAGAAAUGGGAUAACUUCAGAGGUAAAAUAGAGUUCAUCGAUUGCCACUUCACCUAUCCAACUCGGCCAGAUGUCCAGGUGUUGAACGGUCUGGUUGUGUCCGUGAAGCCUGAUCAGACUUUGGCGUUUGUUGGGAGCAGUGGCUGUGGGAAAAGCACCAGUGUUCAACUGCUGGAAAGGUUCUAUGACCCUGAUCAAGGGCGAGUGUUGAUUGAUGGCCGCCUAUCCCACACAGUCAACGUGCCCUUCCUAAGAUCUCAGAUUGGCAUAGUGUCCCAGGAGCCGGUGUUGUUUGACUGCAGCAUAGCGGAGAAUAUUCAGUAUGGAGAUAACACCAGCACUGUCAGCAUGGAAGCGAUUGUUGAGGCCGCUAAGAAAGCCUACCUUCAUGACUUUGUGAUGACGCUACCAGAUAAAUAUGAUACUCAGGUUGGAGCCCAGGGCUCCCAGCUGUCAAGAGGACAAAAACAACGCAUCGCCAUUGCCCGGGCCAUUGUCAGAAAUCCCAAGAUCCUGCUACUAGAUGAAGCUACCUCUGCCCUUGACACAGAGAGUGAAAAGACCGUGCAGGUUGCUCUGGAUGAGGCGAGAAAAGGACGAACCUGCAUUGUCAUCGCUCACCGGCUGUCUACUAUCCAGAACGCUGACAUCAUAGCAGUGAUGUCUAAUGGAGCAGUCAUAGAACAAGGCCCACAUGAUAAACUUAUGGCCAAGAAGGGCGCCUAUUACAAACUGGUCACAACAGGCGCUCCUAUCAGCUAG